GCUGUUUCCGACUGUCCGUAAAAGCAGCAACAGCAGAGACGUGGCCGUCGUUGCGGCUGUUGCGUUCAAGUGGCGCAGUGUCCCGUCUGGAGGCAGAGAGGGCGAAGUUUCACUCUCUGCAUUGCAGCCUGAGCGCUGCUGCUGGAAUUCAACACAACAAUGGCGACUCCCAGUCCUAACAGCAACUCCACUAGCUCCAGCAACAACAGCAACAUCGUAGGAUCAACGUCGCACCAACUCCACCAGCAAACACAGAGCAGCAGCAUGCAAGAAACCAACACCUGCUGGAGAUGUCAAAAUGAAACAGGGUUUCAGAUAAGCCUGUCUGGAAUACCCCAAAGUAAACGCAAAGCUCUGAAACUGAAUUUCGCCAACCCUCCAGUGAAACCGGCUUCCAGGCUCCCACUCAAUCCAACAGUUCCCUCUUUCCAGAACCCUCACAUAGAGCGCCUACGGACACACAGUAUUGAGUCAUCUGGGAAGCUGAAGAUCUCUCCUGAGCAGCACUGUGACUUCACUGCAGAGGAUCUGAGAGACCUCGGUGAGAUCGGCCGUGGGGCGUAUGGCUCCGUCAACAAGAUGGUCCACAAACCCACAGGCCAGAUCAUGGCUGUCAAGAGGAUUCGCUCCACUGUGGAUGAGAAGGAGCAGAAGCAGCUGCUGAUGGACCUUGAUGUAGUGAUGAGGAGUAGUGACUGUCCCUACAUUGUUCAGUUCUACGGCGCCCUCUUCAGGGAGGGGGACUGUUGGAUUUGUAUGGAACUUAUGUCUACCUCAUUAGACAAAUUCUACAAAUAUGUAUAUUGUGCAUUAGAUGACGUCAUUCCAGAGGAAAUAUUAGGCAAAAUAACAUUAGCAACCGUUAAAGCACUGAACCACUUAAAAGAAAACUUGAAAAUAAUUCACAGAGACAUCAAACCUUCCAACAUUCUUAUGGACCGAAAGGGGAAUAUCAAACUGUGCGAUUUUGGCAUCAGCGGCCAGCUGGUGGACUCCAUAGCCAAGACCAGAGACGCAGGCUGCAGGCCUUACAUGGCACCUGAAAGGAUAGACCCCAGUGCUUCUAGACAAGGCUAUGAUGUCCGGUCUGAUGUAUGGAGUUUGGGAAUCACCCUGUAUGAGCUGGCAACAGGAAGAUUCCCCUACCCUAAGUGGAAUAGUGUUUUCGAUCAGCUGACACAGGUGGUAAAAGGCGAGCCUCCCCAGCUCAGCAACUCAGAGGAGAGGCAGUUCUCCCCCAAGUUCAUCAACUUUGUUAACCUAUGCCUUACAAAGGAUGAAUCAAAAAGGCCAAAGUACAAGGAGCUUCUGAAACACCCUUUCAUUCUGAUGUAUGAGGAGCGUUUUGUGGACGUCGCCAGCUACGUGUGUCGCAUUCUGGAUCAGAUCCCUGCCUCUCCUAUCUCGCCCAUGUAUGUCGACUGACAGUUAGUCCAGGGAGGGUGGGGUGAGGGUUGGGGGAGGGGGGUCGUUAGCCAACAGUGGAUUGGACACUAAGUUUUGUGACACGACGCUUGACAUCUUAGCCCUAAGAGUUAGGUGGGAUCACCAGUUUAUUCACGUGUUCCAAAGAACAAAGGAACUAAGUCCGAAUUGCUCAGUGCAAUGAGACAAAUAUCCUUAAGCAAACCUUUCAACCUCCCAUCACCUCAUUUUAAAAUCCUAUAAUAUUGUCAUUCAUCUUCAGCCAGAAAAACUUGAAGCGAGAACAUUGUCUUAGUAAAAUGCAAUGUAUCUGUGUAUGUGAGGAAAAAGGAAUGGAGUACAUAUAUAUAAUUUACACACACUUGAAUUUGUACACAAAUACAGAAUUUACCAAAUAAAAUGGUGAGCAGUGACGCUCUUGAUGUAUGAACAAAAAAGCCACUCAAUAGAUUGUACAUUGUGGACUGUAUGUAUGCAUAUGUGUGUUCACCUCUGAACUGUUGACAUGUACAAAUGUAUGCAGGUAGAUCUGCUGUCUAAACAGUCUUUCCAUGCAUUUGAUUGAGAGCACCUUUACUCACGGCAAAUGGUUGAGUAUGCAAGAGUGUUUCUGUGUGGAACACUCGUGGAUUCGGUAGCGCGGCUUUCUUUUUCUCUUUCCCCCAAUAUGCAAUCUGUGAGAAGCUGUCUUGAUAGAAAAAUCUCACAAACUGGCCUCAGCUCGUCUCUUUUGCUAUUAUUGUGUUUGAGUCAUAAAACUGAGCAUCUUUUUUUUGAUUGAGAAUUUCCUGUGUUAGUCUUGCUGAGCAGCAACAGAACAGAGCUCAUGGUGAUAGAAAUUCCUAAUGAGGUAAUAUCAAAUGGCAACACCUGGUUUAAUGUAACUGGAUUUUUGUCAUUCAAAGAAGUAGCUACAGCUAAAGACGAUUGAUGGGUUAAAAAAAAAAGCAAAACAACACAAAGCAUGCUUCCAAAAUAUCCUUUAUAGGUUUUUGUUAAUAAAAAACGACAAAGGACAAGAUGAUGUAACAAUAGCUAACUAAGAUGAGAAGCCUACUAGCAAAAUAUAUGUUAAAUAAUUCUGUCCAUUUAAUAAAAAAUAAAAAAAAAAAAGGAAGAAGAAAAAGCAGGUUUUUAAAAAAAGGUUAAGAUUGGUAAAAUAAAGUAUACUAACUGAAUAGAAAUAUAUAUUUUUCUAUUAUGUAGUUUUAGUCAAAUAGGUGAGGAAAUAGAAAAGGCCAUUAUCAUUCUAAUAAAUGAAAGUUUAACAUCUAGCUAACGGUAUGUUUUUUUUGUUUUUUUUUUCUAUUUGCAGUAAGCAAAUUAGUUAGAUAUAUGGUAAUAGGUCUUUGAUGCUAGCAAAACAACAUAAAGCAUUGGGUAAGAGAUCUGUAGAUUUGUAAAAUGCGCUAACAAAACAGGAAAAAAUAAACAUGUAAGCAUCGCUUCACUUUUGCACAUUGCAAGUAAAUGUUUUGUUUGUUUGUUUUUUAUAUACCUUUAGAACACCUAGUGUCGUAAAACCUAUGUAGUUCAAACAAGCUGCAUUGCCUCGCAGUUAAUGUAUUGAUUGAGAAACAGUCACCACUAGAUCAAAAUAGAAAACCUGCUAGCAAAUGUAUCGUAUAGUUCUCUGGUGAGAGCAGCACAAGAUGAUAAACAAUUUUUUAACAUCAGUUUUACAAGUUUAAGAAAAAUUUGUAUUUUUUUUCUAGUUUAAACUAGAAAACACAACUACAAUAAGACUAAUGAAUUUGCCUGUUUUGUACACUACGAAAAUAUAUAUUAUGAUAAAACUUGUAAAAAAAAAAAAAAAAAAAAGUUUUGUUCACAUUGUAUAAAUCAAGUAAGUUUAUUUUUUUAAUAUUUUUUUUGGCUAAUGGUGUGCCUAUUUUGGUCUCCAAGAAUAACUUCUCAAAAAAAGAGACUUAAUUUUUUGACUUUGCCAAAAUGAUAACACAAGAGACGUUAAGUGGUGCUAAUCCAGUGCUACAUUAGCCUAUUCCGCUGCAGGAACAUAGUAGGAGGUAGCCCUAAACAUUUACAGUUAUAGUCUUCUGGUUGGCCUUUUCAGUCUUAUUUUUCCAUUGCUUUAUAGGCUUAAAAAACCCAACAAUGUAAUUUUUUUUUAAUGCCUUCGCCUGCAUUUUAAAUGCAAUCAGUUUGCAUUAAGGCAUACUGUUGUUCUUUCAGGACCACCCAGAAGUCUCCCAGGCUACACACUUUUUGUCCCACAAAAACAUCCUCGUUUCCAUACUCCUAACAAGUUCUUGUAGUGGAAGAUGUCCUAUACCCUGGUGUAAAGUUAGUUUAGGACAUUAUGUCCACUGUAAAUGUGUAUGUACAUAGAACACCUGCUGUUACUGGCAGGUUCUGCUCAACAGUGAAGGCUGAUUCCUAAACACAGAUGGUCAAACCAAGCACCAAGAUAGGUGUUAGAUGCAAAUUCUUUUAGUUUAGGAAUGAGGCUUAAUUUCACCUGGUAGCCUGUCAUAGCACUGUACAGUUAAACUUCUCAUCCACACUGAUCACAGAUCCACCGUGCUGCCAUAUAGCAGCAGUAACUACAAGUUUAAAAGUCUAGGCAUGGGAGUUCUGUCAAAAAAUAAAUAAAAACUGUAAAUGCUGCUAAAUCACAAACUAUUGACUUCCAUACCAACUACCGAACUGUCAGGAGAAGAGGAAUCUCACUCCACACACAGUUACUGCAUUUUCGUCCUUCAGUUCACCACGGACUCGGCAUGUUUCUCCAUGAUUUAGCAUGUCUUUCUGGCUUGCACUGAUGAUAGAAUAUUUCCAUGCCAAGCCAUGUAUUAAACUCGGAUGCAUCUCCAUAAUCCAAAAUGCCUCACCUGUCUUCCUUUGUCAGUUGUAAUAUUCUGGAGUUUUACAUACUAGCGUGGCAGAAGGUCAAUGGGAGGCCACAAUUUUGAGACUAUUGAGAUGCACCCGUUGUCAUUCCUUUUCAGAAAGCCACAUCUACCAGGCGGGGCUUCUUAUCCACAGAAUAGCGAGACAAAUAUCACACUACUUGGCGAUAGCUAUUAACCAAACUGUAUGGAUGAUGGUCCUUUAAGUCUGGGACACUGUAGGGACUUUUACAUGCAUCUCCCAGAAACUACCACCAUUGUUGGAGUGGGUUGGGGACGUUUUAGUGUGGCUUGUUUAAAAUGUUGAAUACUUCUGGCCUGUUUGGGAGGGCAAUACAUUACAACCGCGUAGGUGGCGACGUUGUAGAACCCACACGAUUCUUUCGGUAAGAGACUUUCCAUUUCUAUGUCUGACGCGAAAUGGUGCAGACCCCAGAGAAAGCCCACAGACGGAGCCGUUUAACUUCAAACUGUCUCUAGAUCUGUUUUAUUCUGUCAUGUGUUUCCAGGAAGCUAACUUGACGCUGGUGAAUCUCCAGGGUACAUGUUGUAUAAAUUGCAAAAUUACUAGAAUGUUCAUAUUAGAUUAUAAGAUAUUAUUAAGGGCAAUGAAUAUUAUAUUGUAUCUUCAUCGAUGGUUACAAAUAAAGUUCCCAUGGAAAAGA